CUGAAGCAACUGGUUGCAAAUUCUCCGUCACCAUAACUACAUAAGAGACGUUUUUGUAUAGGACCCAGACAGUCGCUGCGCAAAACAAAAAAACAUGGUCAGUCACACAUCUACCAGGGCACGCACCAGUGCCAACUGAGGCCUUGUGAACUGGGAAGAGAAAGAACCGAGGAGGAGAACGCGUCACAACUCGGUGAGUCCACAACAACAAGGGCUCUCUUUUAUCAUCUAGGACGAGUUCAGGUGAAAAAAGUGGAAAAAGGAAAAAAAAUGUUUCUCAAAGUGCAGUUGCCCUGGAAUGUCAUAAUACCAGCUGAGAACCUGGAUGCCAAAGGACUAAUGCUCCAAAGGUCAAUUGUUGUCUGCCUUUUAGCUGACUUUGCUAAAAAACGGGCCACCAAAGAUCUCGGAUACUAUCUUGCUGUCUCAACUUUGGAGAGCAUAGGGGAGGGAAAAGUCAGGCAGCACACAGGGGAUGUUCUAUUUCCUGUUGUUUUCAGUGGUAUCACCUUCAAGAUUUUCAAGGGGGAGAUCUUAGAGGGGGUUGUUCACAAGGUGCUCAAGCAUGGGGUUCUCUUGAGAUGUGGGCCAAUUGAGAAUAUCUAUCUCUCUAGUAUGAAAAUGCUAGAUUACCGCUAUGUGCCCGGAGAAAAUCCAGUUUUCUUGAAUGACAAGACGUCAAAGAUUGAAAAAGAUGUGGUGGUUCGUUUUGUUGUGCUUGGAACAAAAUGGUUAGAGGCAGAAAGGGAAUUCCAGGCUCUGGUCAGUUUAGAGGGUGAUUAUCUUGGACCGGUGUCUUAAAGUUCUACCUUGCACUCAGCUGGAGUAUCAUAUCUUCUGAAGUUUUCUAAUCAAAUUAGUUUAACUGCCAGCUUGUUGGUUGUUUCUGUAGUAUUGUAUAUCCUUGUGCCACUCUACUCCUUUUUGUGAUUGUUGUCUUGGAGUUCUUGCAACUUCAGUGAUUGCUAGACUAUAUGUUUAGCAACUUGAUGUUUCCUUUUGUAUGCAGAUGUUGACAAAUAGUAUAAUUGAUUCGAGGACAUCUCAUCUUUUGUUGA